UGUUAUCGACGUUUUUAUGUUAUGUGUCAUUAAAAAAAUAAUGCGAAAUAACAUGAUUAAUAUGACCACAGGGAAUUUCCGGUGUAAAGAUAACGUUUCGGAACUAAUUAUAAGAGUUAAAUUGAAGGAAAUAUUGAACGAAAAUAUCAUCGAGGAUGGUGAAAAAGCCGAUUUGGAGGAUUUAACGGUGAAGUGGCAGGAGAAAAAAUUCGGAAAAUGGGAAAAAAAGUUUUAUGGGGAUGAAAAAAAUUGUUUGACCGAUUUGGAUAAGAAAUACCACGAAGAGAUUAAAAAGCGACCCGAAAUCAAGAAAUUUUUAUACAGCUAUGUUGAUGAGGAUGAUUAUUCCCAACAGGAAGAGAAUGUGCAUAAUUCGCAAUUUACCAGCGAAUUAUCCAAAAAAAUGGAGAAUUUGCCCCCUGAAAACGAUGUAGAAUUAAAAAAUAAAUGCGAGUACACAAAAAAUCUCUUAAAAUCCUCAUUAAACCCAUUUAUUGACAACAAAUACGAGGUUAUGUAUAUCAUGGGUGAUUUUGGGGAAUACAUCGAAAACACUUGGAUUAAACACGAAUACAUCUUAGCAACAAUUAAAUAUUUCCCAAAAAGGAGAUUAUUAACAAUUUAUCCCGAUUUUAACAUCUUCGAACCAUACAAAUUGACAAUAACCAGUGAUAUAACGAAAAUUUAUGAAUACACCAUCGAAAAUGCGUCCCAUUUCGUUAACGAUCGCGAAAAUGAUUUGGAAAAUGAUAUUUUAGAUAAAAUAUCAAAAUAUGAGAAAAAAAUUAACCAACUAUCCAUAUCAAAUGAUUUUUUAACCCCACCGAGUGAAAAAUUAAAUUAUUAUUUGUUCCUUGAGAUAAAAUCAGGGGAAAAUUUCGAGUAUAACAACGUUUAUGUUCAAUACUUCGUUGAUUUGCCCCUAAAUUGGUCGUGUUUCGACCAAAAUCAACUCAAAGGCACCACUCAAGCUUGUACGAGAAGAAACGUUGAUGGAAAAUUUUAUUUUGGAGCAAUUUUCGAGGUUAUUCUAAGCGUUGAUUUAAACUUAACGAAAAAAAUUUUAGAUACCCCGUUUAUUUAUUUCGAAAUUAUCUCAAAAGACACUUUUAAUCGGUUUAGAAUCGAGGGUAUCUCGUACUUAAAACUUCCAAUUUUACCUGGAAGCUACGAAAAACGGUUGGAAUGCCUUCGAAUUCGCCCAGAUAAUAUUUCAAACGAACUCCGCCGAUUUUUUAUCGGCGAUUUUAUGAGUUACGACGAUAUUACUUGGUUUUCUAUGCCGAAAUCGCAUCAAGAUGUUGUUUUAAAUAAACAAGGCACGACAACGUUAAGUUCGGGUUCAAUCGAAAUCAAGUUCAACAUCAUCGAACAAUCGCGCGUUUUCAUGGAAACCGACGACGAAAAUCGCACCGGAAGUAGACGCGAACGCCUCAUUUCGAGCAAAUUAAACGGGGGAUUAGCGAAAACCGUCCGCGAAGUUCUCAAAGCGUUUAAAGAGGCGCGAAGGAACAUGUUGGAGGCGCGAGAAAAGAUUUUUACUUGAAUUAAUAAAGAAAAAAAAUAAUUUGAGGUAAA